UAUUUGCCAACCGCCAUUAAACAAAAAGAAGAAGACGCAGUACUACGUCACACACGGAAGUGUCAACAUGGAGGAUGGAAAAGAAGCUUCCACGAAUUCACUUCUGAAAGAUGAGUGCUACGCGGAUUUCCUGGACGAAGACUUUGACGUGAAGACGUACACGGCGCAGGCUAUCCAUCAUGCUGUCAUCGCUGAGCAGCUGGCAAAGCUGGCACAGGGCAUCAGCCAGCUGGACAAGGAGCUGCACAGCCAGGUGGUGGCAAGGCACGAAGACUUACUGGCUCAGGCAACAGGGAUCGAGUCUCUUGAAGGGGUUCUUCAGAUGAUGCAGACGAGGAUCAGUGCCCUGCAGGCUGCUGUUGACAGGAUAAAGACAAAGAUCGUUGAUCCUUAUAACAAGAUUGUGGCCAGGAUCACCCAGCUAGCCAGACUGCAGGUGGCCUGCGACCUGCUGCGGAGGAUCAUUCGCAUCUUGUACCUGAGCAAGAGGCUGCAGGGCCAGCUGCAGGGCGGCAGCAGGGAGAUCACCAAGGCUGCUCAGAGUAUCAACGAACUAGACUAUCUGUCCCAAGGUGUAGAUCUGAGUGGCAUAGAGGUGAUAGAGAACGACUUGCUGCUGAUCAGCAGAGCCAGACUGGAGGUGGAGAACCAAGCCAAGAGACUACUGGAGCAAGGCAUGGAGAUCCAGAACCCAACCCAGGUGGGAACAGCUUUGCAGGUUUUCUACAACCUGGGCAGCUUGAGAGAGACUAUCAACAACGUGGUGGGGGGAUACCAGACCACCAUAAAGGAUAACAUCACUAAAGCCCUUGACAUCAAGGGUCUGACGCAGGCUACUAACCCCCGAGGGGCUCCAGGCAGAGCAGUGAUGCCCACACCAGGCAACACUGCAGCCUUCCGCGCUGCUCUGUGGACCAACCUGGAGAAACUGAUGGACCAGAUCUGUGCAGCAUGCAGACAGGUGCAGCACCUGCAGAAAGUCCUGAUGAAGAAAAGAGACCCUGUCAGUCAUGUGUGCUUUGUUGAUGAGAUCAUCAAGGAUGGUCAGCCAGACAUCCUCUACACCUUCUGGACUGAUGUAACCAGCACCCUAAGCGAGGAGUUUCACCGAGCUACUGAAGCCUCCUCUUUCCUCAAGCAGGCUUUUGAGGGAGAGUAUCCGAAACUGCUGCGGUUGUACAACGAGCUGUGGCGCCGCCUGCAGCAGUACAGCACCAGCCUGCAGGGGGCUCUGACGAGCACUGGAGGCUUGGACGUGUCUCUGGACACUGCAGAAAUAGACAGCCAGGACCUGUUCACACAUGGCAAACAGGACUACAAUCCGGAAAAGGCAUUAAAAGACUCUCUGCAGCCGUACGAGGCAGCCUACCUCUCCAAGUCCCUGUCCCGCCUGUUUGAUCCCAUCAAUCUUGUGUUCCCCAUGGGGGGGCGCAACCCACCGUCCAACGAUGAGCUGGACAGUAUCAUAAAAACCAUCAGCAGUGAGUUGAAUGUGGCAUCAGUGGAUCCAAACCUCUCUCUUGCCGUGGCCAAGAAUGCUGCAAAAACCAUCCAGCUCUUCUGUGUCAAGUCAGAGCAGCUGCUGUGCACCCAGGGAGAGGCCAGCCAGGUGAUCGGACCGUUGACAGAGGGGCAAAGAAGGAACGUUGCUGUGGUCAACUCUCUGUACCGCCUACAGCAGGCCGUUGCCAAGAUUAUUUCUGGUUUGGGAACAUGUCCACCAGCUGCAGUAGAUGCCCUCUCAUCUUCUCUGGAGGGAGUUCAGGCCCUGAUGAGCAGCGCCGUGCAGCCUCUGCUGCAGUCCGUGAGCGACUCCAUCGAGGCCAUCAUCAUCACGCUUCACCAAGAAGACUUCUCAGGGCCUCUGUCCAGUCCUGAUAAGCCAGACGUCCCGUGCUCCCUGUACAUGAAGGAGCUGCAGGGUUUCAUCUCCAGAGUAAUGGCUGACUACUUCAGACACUUCCAGUGUGUGGACUUCGUCUACGACAGCACCGAGUCCAUCGCCCAGAGAGCCAUCGAGCUGUUCCUCCGCCAUGCCAGCCUGCUCCGAUCGCUGGGGGAAGGCGGCAAAAUGAGACUGGCUGCUGACUUCGCUCAGAUGGAGAUGGCCGUGGCCCCUCUGUGCAGGAGAGUGUCCGAUCUGGGGAAGCCAUACAGGAUGCUGCGCUCUUUCAGGCCUCUGCUGUUUCAGACCAGCGAACUGAUAGCCAGCAGUCCUGCGGUAGGAGAGCUGAUCCCCUACAGCACCGUGCUCCACUUCCUCUUCACUAGAGCCCCGGCUGAGCUCAAAUCACCUCACCAGAGGGCAGAGUGGUCCAUCGCACGUUACUCCCAGUGGCUAGACGACCACCCCUCUGAGCGGGACAGGCUGGCCCUCAUCAGGGGAGCCCUGGAGGCCUACGUGCAGUUGGUCAGAGCUCGGCAGGGAAAAGAGUUCGCCCCCAUGUAUCCCAUCAUGCUGCAGCUGUUACAGAAGGCCACCAGUGGAGCUCAGGGGCCCAAAGCCUGAAGGACUCAGCGGUGGCCACGCUGUCAGGACCUGAACUUUCCUCCUUAUGAGUUACUUUUGUAUGAAUGAGUAGAUUGCUGAAGUUUAACCAUAAGUUUUUAAAUUACAGGAGUGGGGGGGCUACUGUUGUUUCCAUAUAGAAACUGGGUCUGCUCAUCACAGUGGGUCCAGUUCUGUCCUUGUGUGAACUUUAAGAAUAAAGGAACAACCGUU